GAAUUUGUAUCUCGUGACGUUGCGUUUAUGCAGCUGCAGAUGUCCAAGCAGACGCUAGUUUUUGUGUUCAAUUAAUUUGACGUUUCUGCAUUGUUAAUUAAUUCUCCAUAAUGUCAGGAAAAGUCCGAACAAAGCAAGACAAACCGGAUGACAUUAUCGCCUACAGUGAAGUGGCCGUAAGAAAUAAUGCUGCUGUUGUCGAGUACUGCAGAAUAUCAAUGGCUGCUCUUUCAGGUGGUACAGCAGGUCUUUUAGGUCUUACGGGCCUCUAUGGAUUUGGUUUCUACAUUUUUGCUGUUAUAAGCUUAUGGGCAAUGUUGUUGAUGAAAGCUGGAGGACAGUGGAAAAAAUACUUUGUCAGUAGAAGAAGUUUAUUGACAAAUGGAUUCUUUGGAGGUUUAUUUACUUACGUAUUAUUCUGGACGUUUCUUUAUGGCAUGGUGCAUGUCUAUUGAGACUCCAAAAAAGAUGACAACUAUUUGUUUGCCAGUCAAUCAUCACCUUGUUGUAUAUUUCUAUCAAUUAUGGAUUAAUGAUUCAUGUUCACACAAAGUGGUAUCAAUUCUCUUUGACCAAAUAAAUUAUAUAGAAAGAUUUUUAAGUCUCAUUGUAACAGUUUGUACAGAAAUAAAAAAAUGUAAAUACUGUCAUACACAAUUAAAUGAUUACACUUCUAGCAUUCCUUUAAAAA